AUGCGGGCAGCGCCGGGGCUGUGGCUGUGGCUGGGGCUGUGGCUGGGGCUGGGGUCGGUGGCAGCAGGAGGUGCCCCGCAGCGUACCCGGAGCUUCAUCAUCCCCAUCGAGGGGACCCCGCGCACCGUGCGGCUGCGGCAGCAAGCGUUUCUGGGCGAGGAUUUCCGGGUCUACAGCGAUGGCCAAGGGGGGAUCACGGCAUCCGAACCGGCACACGUGGAGCGGGAUUGCUUCUAUGAAGGUGACAUCAAGGACUUCCCUAUUUCACUCGUGGUGCUCAGCACCUGCUCUGGCCUGAGGGGGAUCCUGCAGCUCACCAAUGCCAGCUAUGGGAUCAAGCCUCUGGAAGCGGCAGCCAUGAAUCAGCAUCUCCUGUACCCAGUGUGGAAUGAAAACACAGAGGCUCAGCAGCUGGCAGAGAAGAGUUCCCUUGUCUGGCCUAAGGAGGUGCCACCAGAGCCAGAGGAUGCAGUAGCAGUGAGUGGGAUGUUGUGGGAUGUUGCUCAUAAGGAAGCUGCCAGAAGACCCUCUCUGUACCUGAAAAUGCACGUCAUUUUGGACAAGGAUCUGUACAGCUACAUGGGAGCAGACAAGGAUGUUGUGGUGGCCAAGAUAGUGCAGCUUUUCAGCUAUGUGAACAGUAUGUUUGCUCCCCUCAAUCUGACCAUGGUGCUGUCUUCCCUGGAGUUCUGGGUUGAAAAGAACAGGAUCCCAACCACAGGAGGUGCUGAGGAGCUGCUGCAGAGGUUUCUGCAGUGGAAAAACGAGCAUCGCAUGUCGUGGCUGCAGGACGUAAUGUUCCUAUUUGUUUACAGGGAGCAGUCCCGUUCUGUGGGUGCAUCCUCUGCAAGAAAGCUCUGCCUCAAACCCCAUGCUGGAGGUGUUGCCUUGUACCACAGGGCUAUGGCACUGGAGGCAUUCGCAGUUGCUGUGGCCCAGCUGCUGGGGCUCAGCUUGGGGAUGGAGCUGGAGGAGCCUGGGAGCUGUCAAUGCACAGCAGCCGCCUGCAUCAUGCAGUCCAGCUCGAUGCACUCACCUGGUGUGAAAGCCUUCAGCACCUGCAGCAUAAGAGCCCUACAGCAUUUCCUGGCCACUGAGGAAGGGCAGUGCCUGCUGAAUAGGACAGCCAUGGAUGUAGCCUAUAAAGCUCCCAAAUGUGGGAACAAAGUGGUGGACCCAGGAGAGGCUUGCGACUGUGGUACAGCAGAGGAAUGCAAGCAUGACCCAUGCUGCACCAUUGGCUGCAAGCUGAGGCGAGGGGUGCAGUGCCUGACAGGACCGUGCUGCCGGAGAUGCCGGUUUAGGAGGAAAGGCACAGUUUGCAGACACAGCUCUGAGGAUGAGUGUGAAUUGAAGGAGUAUUGCAACGGCACCUCUGCACAGUGCUCACCCAACCUCUGGGUCAUGGACGGGCAUCCCUGCAGCAGGAAUACUGCCUUCUGCUACCAGGGGGUCUGCCAGACAGCCGACAAGCAGUGUCAGAGGAUCUUCGGCUCAGAGGCCAAGAACGGGCCCUUGGCCUGCUAUGAGGAAAUUAACAGCCAAAUGGACAGAAUGGGACACUGCGGCUCCAACCAGCAUGGUUACCAGCGGUGUGCAUGGAAGGAUCUCCAAUGUGGGAAGCUUGUGUGUGAGUAUUCCAGCUCCAGGCCCUUCACCAAGGAGAAGGCUGCGGUGAUGUAUGCUCUGGCGCAGAACAAGCUCUGUGUAACGCUGGACUACAUGAAGCCUCCCAUGGAGAGGGACCCCAUGCUGGUGAAUGAUGGCACUGUCUGUGGUGACGGCAAGAUCUGCCUGAACCAGAGGUGCGUGUCUGUCACUGUCCUGAACUACACCUGUGGGAUGAAGUGCCACAACCACGGCGUCUGCAAUAACCUAGGGGAAUGCCAUUGCUAUCCCGGCUGGAAACCACCAACUUGCUCGGAGAAAGCAGGGACAAUAAGCAUGAGUGGCAGCAGUCCCAGUGGGCAGGAUGUGACGAGCAUGAGCUCAGUGAAGCUGUGUCUGUUGCUCGCCUUGUGCCUCCCUGUGCCCCUCAUCCUGGUGCUCUUCCUCAUGUUGCUAAAGAGAAGAUGCCCAAGCUACUGUCACACCACGAGGGUGUUGAACGAUGACAACCUCACGGUUCAGAGCUCCAUCUAUGGAUACCAGGGCACGAGGGAUGUUGCAGUGCAGCACAAUGGAGGGAGACACACAUGGCGUCAGCCUUGGCAGUCACAUAACUGCAUCCUGCACACCUCUAAGCGUGUGUAGUGUGUCCGGUUGUUGCGUUUUCAGUUGUUCAACAAAAGGUGUUCACA